UAUCCAUAUAAAUAUAAGCUUUCAUAUCCUACAACUUUGGCAAAUCAUAAAAUUACUUAUGUUAGAGACUUGACGAUUGGUUACGAUACCUCGACAAUUGGUAAUAGACCAACAUUACCAGUGUUAGAAAGUAGUCAGAUGAUUACAUUUGGCCUUGAAAAUGGAUGUAUUGGAACUUUAAGGACAAG